AUACCACUUCAGUUGCGAGAACAAAGUUUCAUUCAGCCAUCAGACUUGAUCCACAAUAGUCUCACCUUCUGGAGAACUGCAAUCAUGAGGGCCUCUUCAAUUCUGUUCUUGUUUGCUGCCGGCGACGCACUUGCAGGUUGCCCAAUGGCGUAUCUGCGUCGCAGACAAGUGUCCAUCCCAAAUCUACCACUGAGUCAAAACGAAGGCAAUUCCGGUCCCAUUGACAGCACUACCUUCAGCGCGUCUGAGCAGUAUGUGAAUGUGAAGCCUGGAAGUGCGAAUGAAUACCGCGAUCCUGGCACAAACGACAAGAGAGGCCCAUGCCCUGGUCUGAACGCUGCGGCGAACCACGGUUUCUUGCCCCGAAACGGCCUGCCGAACAUCCAGCAGACUGUCACUGGUCUGGGCGCCGCUUAUGGCUUCGGUCCUGAGUUUGCUGCCGCUCUGGCCGUGAUUGCUAUUGCGUUGACUGGUGAUCCGGUGGGUCAAAAAUGGUCCAUCGGCGGACCGUUCGCUCCCGUUCUGGGUGGGCUGCUGUCCACGCCCGAGGGUAUCUCAUUCUCGCACAACACCUAUGAGUCGGAUGCUUCAAUUGUUAGGUCCGAUGCGUACCUGAACAAUGGCGACGCAUUUAGCGUCCAACUUCCUCUCGUCGAAGAUUUGCUCGCGAAGGCUGUAGACAACGAGUUCACGCUUGACAUCCUUCGCACCCACAACAAGGAGCGUCACGAUUUCUCAGUCGCGAACAAUCCCUACUUCUUCCAGGCGCCUUUCGCCGGUCUCGUACCACCCAUCGCCCACCACUUCGUCGUCAAUCUCAUGUCCAACCACUCCGCCGAGCGACCAAACGGAUUCCUCACGACUGAAGUCUUCAAGUCAUUUUUCGCCAUCUCGGGUCAGCCCGGCAACCUCGUCUGGAACCCCGGUAAGGAACGCAUCCCGGAGAACUGGUAUCGCCGCCCAUCUUCCAACCCCUACGAUGCUGCACGAGCUGCCGCCGACGUCGCGAUCCUCGCAACGCGGUACCCUUCCGUAGUUCGCGUCGGCGGCAACACAGGGACAGUGAACUCCUUCACCGGUGUGAACCUCGGGGAUAUCACCGGUGGAGUGUACAACGCUCAAACCCUUCUGGAAGGCAACAACGCGCUCUGCUUCGCUUUCCAGGCCGCACAACAAGGUAUUCCCUCCGUCUUGAGUGGGCUGCUGAGUAACCUUGGGCCGAUUAUUGCCUUGGUCGGGCAGUUUGUGAAUCCAGUAACCAGUGCGUUGAAUUGCCCGGCUCUGAACACUUUCAAUCAGAGCGCGUUCAAUCAGUAUCCCGGUGCUGGGUACCGACCUAGGCCGUGA